GCCCCCCGGGGUCCUCCGUGUCCGAGGAGCCCCGGCGCUGCGGGGCAGCUUUCCGCCGCCUCCCCGGCUCCCCCGCCUUCUUUCGGGACUCGUGGGCUCUGCCGAGGCAGAGAGGGGGGAGGCAGAGGAGAAGAGGAGGCGGGGGGCCGCGGCGGCCGGAGCCGAGAGCAAGUGGCAUGCUCGAGCCCUGGAGGCGGAGGUGUUGGAGGACGGGGGAAGACGAUGCCGCGGCUCCGUAGGGGAGGAAGGCGAGAGCGAGCGAGGCGAGCGGGGCGCCCGGGCGCCGGCCGGCUGCGGGGAGGCGCGCGCCGCUCUGAGGCUCCGGCCUCCGCAUCCCGGCGCCCCGACGCUGCGGGCGACAGGGCCGGGCUCCGGCAGCCGCCUCCGUCGCCGCCGCCACCACCCGGAGGACCGAGCAAAAGUUUGGAUCUGGGGGAGGACGCGACGCUGAGCGGGAUUACUACCAGGGCUGGAAGGAGACCUCAAGAACCUUCGCAGAUUGCAGACUGAACUUAACCAAGUUCAUAGGCUGAUCCACACUGACCUGACCGACCACAGAAGAAGGGAUUCUGCCUACCCAACUGGGCCCCUUUUGACCGCUGAUAACUUGGUUUCACUUGUUGCCUGGGUGGAAAGUUCUCCCUAUUGAAAUUUUUUUGCACAUGGAGGACAAUAGCAAAGAGGGCAACAUAGGCUGAUAAGACCAGAGACCACAGGAAGAUUCUUUGACCUUAGCCUUCGGGACUUUUCCUCUAGCUGGAGUUCUGGACUUUCACAGAACUGUGUUCAAUCAUUUUGGUUUUGCUAUCUUUUUUUUUUUUUUCUUUUUCUUUUCACUACCACAUCGUAUUUUAUUUCUGUACUUCAGAAAUGGGCCUACAGACUACACAGGGGCCCAGCCAGGGGGCUUUUUUCCUGAAAUCUUGGCUUCUCAUUUCCCUGGGGCUCUACUCACAAGUGUCAAAACUCCUGGCGUGCCCUAGCGUGUGUCGCUGCGACAGGAACUUUGUGUACUGUAACGAGCGAAGCUUGACCUCAGUGCCUCUUGGGAUCCCGGAGGGCGUCACUGUACUCUACCUCCACAACAACCAAAUUAAUAACGCUGGGUUUCCUGCAGAGCUGCACAAUGUACAGUCCGUGCACACCGUGUACCUUUAUGGGAACCAACUGGAUGAAUUCCCCAUGAACCUUCCCAAGAAUGUCCGAGUUCUCCAUCUGCAGGAAAACAAUAUUCAGACCAUUUCACGGGCCGCCCUGGCCCAGCUCUUGAAGCUUGAAGAGCUCCACCUGGAUGACAACUCAAUAUCCACGGUGGGGGUGGAAGAUGGGGCCUUCCGGGAGGCCAUGAGCCUCAAAUUGUUGUUUCUGUCCAAGAAUCACCUGAGCAGCGUGCCUGUGGGGCUUCCCGUGGACCUGCAAGAGCUGAGAGUGGAUGAGAAUCGAAUUGCCGUCAUAUCAGACAUGGCCUUUCAGAACCUCACGAGCUUGGAGCGUCUGAUCGUGGAUGGAAACCUCCUGACCAACAAGGGCAUUGCCGAGGGCACCUUCAGCCACCUCACCAAGCUCAAGGAAUUUUCCAUUGUCCGGAAUUCGCUCUCCCAUCCCCCUUCUGAUCUCCCAGGUACGCACCUGAUCAGGCUCUAUCUGCAGGACAACCAGAUCAACCACAUCCCUUUGACAGCCUUCUCGAAUCUCCGGAAGCUGGAACGGCUGGAUAUAUCCAACAACCAGCUGCGCGUGUUGACUCAAGGGGUCUUCGAUAACCUCUCCAACCUGAAGCAGCUCACUGCUCGGAAUAAUCCUUGGUUCUGUGACUGCAGUAUUAAAUGGGUCACGGAAUGGCUCAAACACAUACCCUCAUCUCUCAACGUGCGAGGUUUCAUGUGCCAAGGUCCUGAACAAGUCCGGGGGAUGGCAGUCCGGGAGUUGAAUAUGAAUCUGUUGUCCUGUCCCACCACGACCCCCGGCCUGCCUCUCUUCACCCCAGCCCCAAGUUCAGCUUUGCCCACGACUCAGCCUCCCACACUCUCUGUCCCGACCCCUAGCAGAAGCUAUAUGCCUCUAACUCCCAUGGCAUCGAAACUCCCCACGAUUCCCGACUGGGAUGGCAGAGAAAGAGUGACCCCGCCUCUUUCUGAACGGAUCCAGCUCUCUGUCCAUUUUGUGAAUGACACUUCCAUUCAAGUCAGCUGGCUCUCUCUCUUUACUGUGAUGGCGUACAAACUCACAUGGGUGAAAAUGGGCCACAGUUUGGUGGGGGGCAUCGUUCAGGAACGCAUUGUCAGUGGUGAGAAGCAGCAUCUGAGUCUGGUCAAUUUAGAGCCCAGAUCCACUUAUCGGAUUUGUUUAGUGCCACUGGAUGCAUUUAACUACCGAGCUGUAGAAGACACCGUUUGUUCUGAGGCCACCACCCAUGCCUCCUACGUGAACAAUGGCAGCAACACGGCUUCCAGCCACGAGCAGACGACUUCCCACAGCAUGGGCUCCCCUUUCCUGCUGGCGGGACUCAUCGGGGGCGCGGUGAUAUUUGUGCUCGUGGUCCUGCUCAGUGUCUUUUGCUGGCAUAUGCACAAAAAGGGGCGCUACACCUCCCAGAAGUGGAAAUACAACCGAGGCCGGCGGAAAGAUGACUAUUGCGAGGCAGGCACCAAAAAGGACAAUUCCAUCCUGGAGAUGACAGAAACCAGCUUUCAGAUCGUCUCCUUAAAUAACGAUCAGCUCCUUAAAGGAGAUUUCAGACUGCAGCCCAUUUACACCCCAAAUGGGGGCAUUAAUUACACAGACUGCCAUAUCCCCAACAACAUGCGAUACUGCAACAGCAGUGUGCCAGACUUGGAGCACUGCCAUACGUGACAGCCAGAGGUCCAGCAUUACAAACGCGGACAGUAAGACUCUCGAGAACACACUCGUGUGUGCACAUAAAGACACGCGAAUUACAUUUGAUAAAUGUUACACAGAUGCAUUUGUGCAUUUGAAUACUCUGUAAUUUAUACGGUGUACUAUAUAAUGGGAUUUAAAAAAAGUGCUAUCUUUUCUAUUCCAAGUUAAUUACAAACAGUUUUGUAACUCUUUGCUUUUUAAAUCUUAAAAAAAAAAAAAAAAAGUUGCUGAAGUACUGUACAGGGUUGUACAAUGAGAACCCAAUGCCAAGGUAAAAGAACGAGUGAUUCUUCCUCCUGAUGCAAUUCACCACUUUGCUGUUGAAGCUUCAGAACAAAUUCCUUUCCUAGAAUUGGUGGUCAGAUGAAAGGGCAGGUUAAAGUGGACUCAUCAGGGUAGGAUAAAUAAUAGGCAUAAAACCAGAAAUGACCCCAGAUAUCUUCACGCUAUUUGUAUACUUCCUGGUCUGGAAGAAAAGUGAAAACUUCUAGAAUAUAAGAAAGGAGGUAGUCACCCUGAUUUGACCCAAAGGAGGAAAUGCAGAAGACAUCUCUUGAGGAAGUCAGUUCCUGUGAGAUAAGUUAACCCAUCCUGGCAGAAUCAAGAAAAUGAGAUAAGAUUUGAAAAGACAGUCAAACCCAGGGGUUGGCUUUCUGACUGGGAACUUGAAAAUCACUCUUCAGGCUUCCCUGGCCCUAUGUGAAACAGUGAGAGACCUGAGUCUGAUUUCAGUCAUCUUCGGGGGCAGGUAGGAUGUCCCAGCAAGAAAACGCCCUUAAAAGUGUUACUGUUCAAAUCAUAUGUCAGGUUGAAUCACAUUCAACAGAGAUAUAUUCUAGAAUACUUUUUUAGAAGAGGCUAAUAAAUUAAUGGGAAGAAUUAUAUUGAAUGGAAUUAUUUUUGAUAAUGAGAACUAUUUGGGUAGAUUCACUGCAGCUAUGUCAACAUGAUAUUUAGACCAACAAGGGAUCAAUGUUUGGAAUAUACUAAACUUGUUAUGUAAAAAUUAU